AUGGCAACGAGUAACUCUGCUGGGACGCUAGGUGUUUCUGGGCAUGGCAGGGUUCAUGUUGGAAACAUCUACAAUACAGUGCCCGAACCAGCGAAAACGCCAUCAGCCCCAUCAUUCAAUAUCCCCUUCCGUCGAGACGAUGAUUUUGUCAAUCGUAAAAUCAUAAUGGAUCAAUUACAUCACAUAUGCUUAAGACCUGCCUCACGCGCCGCUCUUGUAGGGCUAGGGGGCGUUGGCAAGUCACAACUGGCCAUCGAACACGCGUACAGGAUGAGAGAUAGGUUCAAGCAAGAAGACAGACAAUUUUGGGCAUUCUGGGUCCAUGCAAGCACGAGAGCGCGUGUUGAAGAAGACUUCAAGCGGAUCGCAGACAUCGCCGAAGUCCCUGGCCGAAAUCAGUCCGGUGUGAACAUCUUGCAGCUUGUCUAUCAAUGGCUACAAAAUGAGCGGAUUGGGCAAUGGCUUAUGGUCCUCGAUAGUGCCGACGAUCUCGACGUGUUUUAUGAUAUAAACAACAAGGGGAAACAAAAAGAAACAACAAAAGAACAAAAAAGACCCCUCUGGACAUAUCUCCCACAAAGCUCAAAUGGAUCGAUUCUCGUUACGACUAGGAGUGGAGAACUAGCCUCUAGGCUCACAGGUAACCACAAAAACAUGAUCGAAGUUGGAUCAAUGGACAGAGCCCAUGCUCUUGAAUUGCUCGCAGCAAGGUCAGGAUCCCAAUACGACAAUGAAGAUGGACUCAAGCUAGUAGAAGCGCUUGAGUGCAUGCCCCUAGCCAUCAGUCAGGCUGCUGCAUAUAUACAAGAGAGAGCACCUCGUGUCUCGGUCAAGACGUAUUUGGACAAGUUUCAAAGGAAUGAGGAAAACCAGUCGAGCCUUUUGAACUACGAUUCUGGAGAUCUGCGACGAGAUGGAAGCGCAUCGAAUUCUGUCAUCAUAACAUGGCAGAUCUCGUUCGACUAUAUACGCUCCAUACGACCAUCCGCAACCAACCUAUUGUCACUAAUGAGCUUUUUCGAUUCCCAAGGUAUAUUUGAUUACUUGAUUCAACCAAUGGACCUGGACGAGCAAAGCGACGAUGAAGCACACUCAGACAAUGAAAGCACGACGUCUAGCUUGGCUUCAAAUCCAGAAUUCGAAGAAGACAUUAGAAUUCUUAGAAGCUACUGCCUGAUCAAGACGAAUGAGGCGGGAGAUGUUUUUGAGAUGCACGGACUGGUCCAGCUGUCGACUAGGAAAUGGCUAGAUUUGCACGGCGAAACAGAGGCAUUUAAGGAGCAGUACAUCGACCGGAUGGCCAAUGCGUUUCCGUACCCCGAGUUUGAGAAUUGGGGAAUCUGCCGACAGCUUUUGCCGCAUGCUGAGAAAAUCAUACAUUAUCGCCCAAAUGAAAAUGAAACAUUAAUCAAAUGGGCCAUCGUUUUGCACCACUGUGCCGAAGCCUUUUUAACGUGUGCUCAGGAGGUAGAAAAAACAACACUAGGACUUGAAAAUGAAUGCACAUUACACAGCAUCCAGGUGCUGGCAAUAAUAUACUGGCAUCAAGAGCAAUUCCCAAAAGCCGAAUCACUUUUGAUGCAAGUAUUGGAGAUUAAUAAAAGAGUGCUAGGAUCAGAACACCUCGAUACACUAACAACUAUCAACAAUUUGACCUCGGUAUAUUAUUAUCAAGAGCGGUUAAGAGAAGCUGAAUUGCUACAAUCACAACUAUUGGAAACUUACAAAAAGGUAUUGGGAGCAGAACAUCGGAAUGCACUGACAACAAUGAAGAAUUUAGCAAUCACAUAUAAGCGUCUAGGUCGGUUAGAAGAGUCGGAGUCACUAUUAUUACAAGUAUUAGAGCUUGAAGAAAGGGUUUUUGGAUCAGAACAUCCUGAUACGCUAUGGACUCUGGGUUGGUUGGCAAAUGUCCACUACGCUCAUCGGCGAUUAGAAAAAUGUGAAAUUUUAGAGUUGCAAGUACUAGAGAUCGGGAAAAGGAUUCUAGGGCUCGAACAUCCUGAUACAUUAGGAAGCAUGCACAACCUUGCAUGCACGUGGAAAGAGCAAGGCCGUGUUCAUGAAGCGAUUGAGUUGAUGGAGAAGUGUUACCAGUUACGGACUCGAGUCAUGGGGUCUGAGGACCCUAAAACUCAACGCUCGUUGUCGACGUUACAGGACUGGCUCGUCAAAUGCGCAAGACUGGCACACUGA